CAACUUCCCUACCGCCUGGCCUGUACGUACCACCAUUACCACUGCUACCCGCUACUCGAACUUCCUUCGAUCUUCAAUCUACCUGCGACCUCUUCACAUCCCAGCUUUGUAUCGCAUGUGGUCUAUCUUGCGACGUCGACGCGCCUCUCCCUAUCUCCAUCUUUAGAUGAUUCCAGCUCCCUGCAACCUGCUAUCCAUCGUUUGAACCAGCCACCCGGCUGCCAACUCUCCGUAUCUUCUCGACCGUCAUCCUUUGCCCCCGUUCAGCCGCUUCGCUCUUGUCGCUCGCACGCCUGUUCACCCGCCGCUCUUUUGCGCGCGACUGCUCCUCCAUUCCAUCUCGAGAAUCAUCCUGAGCACUGCUCACGACCCUUUCGCAUGAUUCUAGACUUAUCGGCUUCACCCAUCUGCGCACACACCGAAGACCAGGCCUCUGCAGGCCAGUCCGUCGCCCCACAUGAGUGGCAGCGCUGCCACUCGGCCCUCGUCAGGCGCCUCCCUGCAAGGACAAGAAGUCACCUCCAAUGACGCCGCUUUCAUUGCCACUCCUGCUGCCAGCUCUUCACUCCAAGCUGCUCCUGAAGCUUCUCAACCCACAGAAAACAUGACAGAAAAGCCUAAACAGCAGCCGUCGCUUGUCAAAAUCCCUUCUCGUACAUCUUCCAACCCGAAAUCUUCGGACCCUACUGCCGCCCCUGCACCAGCCGCACCUGAGGAGCCACCUCCGUCGCCGAGGCGUGGCUCGAAACGAAGUCUCCUCAGCAGAAGCAGGAACAAUAGCAGAGGUAGUCGAAGGUCCCUUCGAGCAGCUCGGGCGGCGGAAGGCACCAAAGAGCCUGUACCGCCUCUGCCCCAAAACGCGGCUCCCAAAAUCGAGAAGAAAGCUCGUAGCGGGUUGCUCGCCUUCCUGAACUGUUGCAGCCCUACCGAAUAUCCCGAUGACACCAAAUCAGACGAUCCCGAUGUUGCUGCGAAGAAGAUCAAGAUCCAACCCCAGCUACAAAGAACGGCUAGAUCGCAAGAACAAAACGAGGUCGUGGAGAACGAGAAGACUUUAGAAGGGAAAACGCCCGUCGACGAUGCAACUCUACACGGCAAGGCUGGAGAGGAAGGUAAUGUAGAAGUAGUGGAGAAGAAGGAGCUUGAUGAGUCUCGACCGAGGAUGUCUCGCGAGGAAAUAUACCAUGAAAAAGUCACACUUCCUGGCGCGAGUGGGACAACGCCAUCCACAACCCUCACUGAUCAAGACAUGGGACCUCAUGGCGAUGAAGACCAGAUCAAAUCAACCACCGUUACCGUACCAGAACCAUCGGCCAAACCGGAUGUCAAUGUGAUAGCAGCCACACCCACCGAGGCGGAGCAUCCUUCGGAGCCUCAGCGAUUCGAGGGAGAUGAUAAGACAGCUACUGACGUGGAGAUGGCAGACGCACCUCCUGCUGUUCCAGUCAUUGAUGAAGAACCCUUGGAUGAGCCGUAUCAGCCUGCCGAAUUGCAACCACAAGUACCUUUACCUCCGCCACCGCCCUUGUCCAAACGACAAGAACAGUUUGCCCCCAAAGAGGCUCCCCCAGUUCCGGAAGCCUCACUAGAGAAGCAAUCAUGGCUUCUGCCUCCUGUGCAGCCUCAUUUGAAAGGACGAAAAUGUUUGAUUCUCGACUUGGAUGAGACCUUGGUGCACAGUAGCUUCAAAAUUCUCCACCAGGCUGACUUCACCAUUCCCGUCGAGAUUGAGGGCCAGUAUCACAAUGUCUACGUAAUAAAGCGACCGGGCGUGGAUACCUUUAUGAAGAGAGUUGGCGAACUGUACGAGGUGGUCGUCUUUACUGCUUCUGUGUCCAAAUAUGGCGACCCGCUACUGGACCAAUUGGACAUUCACCACGUUGUUCAUCACAGGCUCUUCAGGGAGAGCUGUUACAACCACCAAGGAAACUAUGUCAAGGACCUAUCACAAGUCGGCCGAGAUUUAAAGGAAACCAUCAUCAUCGACAACUCUCCCACCUCCUACAUUUUCCAUCCCCAACACGCCGUUCCAAUUAGCUCUUGGUUCUCGGAUGCGCACGACAACGAGCUGCUGGACCUGAUCCCGGUCCUCGAAGAUCUGGCAGGACCGCAAGUACAGGACGUGAGCUUGGUCCUGGACGUGGCUCUGUGAGCUCCAAAAGUCUGUUAUCAAGCGUUCAGUACGGCCGCCUUCACUUCGUUUGUUCGUAUUAGAACGGUAUAUGAUUGACAAAAGUCUGUUUGGCAUUUCUAGCGUGGCGUCCAUUGACUUAAUGCUCUUGAUGCUGGGUAGAAAUCACCCGAGUACGGAUGGACAUCUUGUGGAUAUGGGAGCCAGGCCUGGGGAAAACAGGAUUCCAAAAAUAUAACCCGUCAAAGAAAAAAUAUCGGUCUUAAUCGCUUUGGGAGGGUCUUUGCGUCUUCAGCAGCCUGGCAUUCUGACGGUCUUUUUUGCAAGCCAGUGUGGAAAGGGCAUGGAGAUACCGGUUUGGCCGAGCUCCUAUUUAUUUCCUUUGUUGUGUCUUUGAGAUGGAAUUGCAUAUCGGCAGGCAGGCAUGCGAUUCUGCCCAGGUGGGACAGAGAUGUGUGGAUUGUGGCGAGCAAGCGUACAGGCGCGACAGACGCUUUUUUGUGUUCUUGGGACAUAUCGGUUGUACAGUCAAAGACGGCUUGUCCUUGAAGAGGUUUUUGAGAAGACGGCGGUAGAAGGGGGAAGUCGCUCCUCUUCUAAGGAAAGAGAUGCAGGCUGAUGGUUCUUAAAGCAUGACGCCAGCUACAAGCACUGCGAGGAGUCAGUGCGAAACCUGGAGUGUUUGAUGUUCAUGUUAACAAAUGCUCUAUCAGGCGGAGUGGAACGCACAGGAGUCGUGGGACAAUAUAAGUACAACAGUUGACCGAAUUCUCUCUUCGAAACAUAUUAGUUAUGUCGAGAAUCAAAUAUCUUCAGCCGGUUGUCCACUGGUCAGAUGCUGCAGUGAGAGGCUAGCUUCCAAUGGUAAUGUUUGGAGGUAGUUUUGUUAGCAGGACUUGAUCCGUAUU